AUGACAACCCCAUCGACUGCUUCUCAUUCGGGUCCUGAUCAUCUGGUUACUGUCAAAGUACUCUACAAUGACAAUAACCGUCGCUUCAAGGUUCCUCUCAAGGAGCUGAAAGCCCAGGUGUUUCCCCAGAUGCUAAGAACACUCCUCGGCGUUCCGGCGGAUGUCAACGUCAUCCUUGAACGCUAUUCCGACAGUGCUGGUUCUUACGUUCGCUUGGAUUGUGACAACAUUGCAGUCUACAAGCAGCUCUACCGAGCUGCCAAGGCCAAGUCGAAGCUCCGUAUCAAGGUCACUACCCUUACUUCCCCAAACACAUCUGCACCAACACCAGUACCAUCAGAACCCACUGUGUCGAUGGAGUCAACCAACCAAACUCGUCACAGUUAUCUCGACACGGUCCUGAGCCCUUUGGUGCCUCUCGGUACUAUUCCCCUCAUCGACUCGGCCCAAGUUUCCUCUCCCGCCGGUGAGAAACAGUUGCCUCUCGGUCAACCUCGCUACCGCCCCUUCGAGAUGGAUCAAGAAAAGCAUCGGUUCCCGGUCAUAUCCCACACCUCGUCCAAUGGGAUGUUCUGCAUCGACUGCAAUAACUGCGGUCGAUUCAUCGUAAAUGCGCAUUAUCACUGCAGCAUUUGCGAGAACGGGGACUAUGACUUGUGCCUACAAUGUGUUGGUGCUGGCGUAUCUUGCCGCGGCGAAGGUCACUGGUUGAUUAAGAGGACCGUCAAAGAUGGUGUUGUCACAAAUAGUACUACUGAGACUAUUGCUCCUCGUGAUCAAUCGGCGUUGGAGUCCAAACCCGUUCUGCCUACUCCGAUUCAGCGCGAGGUGAUUACCAAGCCAGUGGUCCACGUCCCUGAGUUGGUCACUGAGUCAAUCCCCGUGUCGAUUGCGGAGUCAAUCCCGGAGCCAGUGGCCCCAUCGGCUUGUUUGGAUGCAGCCGUUCAGGGCGAUGACAAGCCAAUGUGCAAUGGAUGCUGUCGUGAAGCUGAUGAAAGCAAUCUCGUCCGCUGCAACGACUGCGAGGACUUUGAUCUUUGCCUUCGCUGUCUCCUUCGAAACAAGCAUGGCCACCACCCUGGUCACACCUUCCACCUUGGAUCUGACCGGAAUUUCUGCUUGAAGAAUCUGAUCACCUCUCGUUGCCUUCCCGGUCGGCAGUUCCGACACGCCGCUGUCUGUGACGGCUGUGACAAGCGCAUUGUUGGUGUUCGUCAUAAGUGCUUGGCAUGCCCCGAUUGGGACUUCUGCCCCGAUUGUAUCUUGACUGCUCCUCAAAACCACCCUGGUCAUCGGUUCGUGCAGGUUUACGAAAACAUUGGUGAACCUGCUCGUGAGCACGAAAUCCACUAUGGCAUCUUCUGUGAUGGUCCUCUGUGCAAGAACAAACCUGCCCAGAGUUACAUCAACGGAGUUCGCUACAAGUGCGCUGUCUGUGAUGACACAGACUUCUGCGCAAGCUGCGAGGCCCUUCCAACAGAUCACCACAACCGCACUCAUCCGCUGGUCAAGUUUAACACUCCCGUCCGUAAUGUGACCGUGAGCACCCUGGGCGACGAUGGCUCGAGUGAAACGGUUGCCCUGGGGGACCAGCUUCAUGCCUCUACUCGGCUCAUCGACCAGGCCGAACUCGAGAAGCAGGAACCCGUUGAUGUAGAUGCUAGCAAACCUGUGGAAAAGGUUGAGCCUGAGUUAUUCAUGAGCAAGCCAAUUACUGAGGCGGAUAGCUCUGAUAUGUCAGACUACAAGGCAUUCUUUAUCCGUGACACUGUCACCGACGGUACAAAGAUCGCCCCAAAUACCACGUUCCGCCAGACCUGGACUCUUUACAACCCCGGUCCUGCAGCAUGGCCUGUUGGCUGCGAUGUUCGCUUUGUCGGUGGAGACAAGAUGUUCAACGUCGAUGUCUGCCACCCAUCUAGCGUCGAGUCUAUUCGCUCGGCCAUGGAAAGCAACAAAUUGCCUACCCCUGUAGAGCCAGGUGAGAGUGCUGACUUUACUGUCAACCUUCGCACACCAUGCCAUGCAGGCCCUGCUAUCUCCUACUGGCGACUGAAACUUCCGAAUGGUGUGGCCAUCGGUCACCGUCUGUGGUGUGAUGUCGAGGUGCAGAUCGCUUGUCUGGAAGAAGUCGACGCCAGCGAGACACAUCCUGCUGUGCCUGAAAUUGCCGGCAGUGGCAUGAUCUUCCCCAAGCUGGAGAAGGAAUCUCCAGAGUCAAGCACUCACCAAGCCGAGGCUCCUGCACCCGAGGCACCGACUUUGUCGAAUGCUUCAGAAGUGGAUGUUCUAGAGGAUGUUGAGAGUCUGACUCUGGAUGAUGCCUCUACUGACGCCGACACUGGCUUCCUGACUGACGAAGAAUAUGAUGUUCUUGACGCCAGUGAUCAAGAAUACCUUGAUGCCAAGCAGUCUACAAACUGA